UCUGAAGCAACAUCAACCCAUUGGCUGCAUUCUAUCACGUGUGUGGAUCUGAAAAUGGCGUCUCCAAAUGGAGGUGAUGAUUUUGAGUCCUCUCUGCUGAGUUUUGAGAAGCUGGAUAGAGCAUCUCCUGACCUAUGGCCAGAGCAACUGCCAGGAGUUGCAGAAUUUGCUGCAUCUUGCAAAAAUCCAAUUACCAAUUCUCCACCCAAAUGGAUGGCUGAACUGGAGAGUGAGGACAUUGAAAUGUUAAAAGAGCUGGGGAGUCUGACCACAGCAAACCUGAUGGAGAAGGUCAAAGGGCUACAGAACCUGGCCUACCAGCUGGGCCUUGAGGAGUCACUUGAGCUGUUGUUGCAUGGCAUGCGCUAUCACAACAGCUGUUUGUCACUUGACUGUCCUUCCCUCAUGGAUCAGAUGAUGAUGUGUGAAAAUAUCAUGGUGUAACUAAUCAGCUGGACACCAACUGCCCAUCGAAUAAGUGUUAUACAUAAUUAUUGAAGAACCACGUUAAUGACAGUAUUGAUUUAGGUUUUAUGUAUCAAGGUAAGGUGACACUUUCGGUUAGAAGCAUGCGAUUUUGCAAUCUCAUACAUCAUUUUUGAUUUGUGUGCCCAUGAAAACUGUUUUCACCCCGUAACAUAAGGAGACACGAAAUGUUACCUAGUUACACUGCAUUUCUGCGAUCUCUAUACAAAAAACUGUCUGACAGCUAGAUUCAGGAUUCUUACAGGGUUCAAGUUCAAUAUCUAAUUUAACUGAUUCAUACUUAUUAUAUAAUGACAACUUGCACUGCCAUAAAAGCAAGGACAGAAAAGUAACGUUUUGUCACACAAUUUUUUGACAAAUCCGUCAAGACACCAACCAUGAUAAAGGGUUAAACAGGUUUUAAAUCAACUCGUGAAUUUGAUUGAAUAUAGCUGUGUUCUCCCCGUAUAUCUUCAUGUAAUGAGAUUUAAAAAAUGGCAGAUUAUUAUCAAUGACUUAUCAGCUGUAACAAGUUGUCUAGUGUAGGAAAUCCUCACUGGUGCACUAGUUUAUAUAAAGAUCCAUUUGCAUGUCAAAGUGCUUAAAGUGCAUAUUAGUCUAAGAUCUUGUUAAUUUUGAAGUAUUGCACUUGAAUAAAAUACUUUCUGUCUCUGGUUUUUCCUUUUGGCUGCCUGUAGCUGUGGACAGAGGGGUGGGGUUGCAAUUUGGUGUGGAGUGGAUGGAAAGAGUCUGAUGUGAUUUUAGUCGCCUUCUGCAGAACUCUGCACAGGUGGACAGAUGACAGGUCUUGCUGCUGCAACAUUAUUUUACAGCAAGACCUGCCAAUCUUCCUCAAUGAGGCUGUCAUAAUCAUCCAGGUAAUCCUCCAGGUUUGGUUUGAUACAAGGGAACGCCAGUCAAGACCGGUCCUGCUUAGUAUUGGCUGGCGGUGACAAAGAGCUGUCCUGGUCUAAACACCACUGUGCUGCCACCACAGUACAGCCAGGAUGACCUCUACAUCCCUGCCUAUGUGGAGUUGAGGCUGAAGGUCAGUACUGACAGCUCCUAAUGGCCCAGCAUCAAUCUCCUUCCUAUUAAGAGGCCAGGGCUGCUGAAUAUGAUUGCAUUCACACUGGCCCAUGGUGCUAAUGUGCCUUCAUCAAUCCAUCAGGGCGGCCUGAGCGACCGCGGGGCGGGCCGUUAUGAAGUUCUGCUCCCUGACAACCUCUGAAUGAGGAACAGGGGACCCACCCCCUCCUCUCCUCCUCUGUCCUCCUCUCCGCACCGGCCUACUUUAUGAGCUCAUAGUGGAGAUAAAUAGCAAGGCCCACCCGCUGGAGAAUUCUCCGUGGUGAAGACGCCAUUAGAUAUGGCGUGAUGGGAAACUGAAACGAGUCAAACGAUGAUGUGUGUUGAUAAGUUUUCUGUAUAUUUUUUUGCUAUUUGAGAUACAUACUUUGGGGGAAAUGUUGUUUGGCUUGAGGAAAUUAAAUUGCUGGUAUGAGAAAAUUGUCCCUAAAAGAAACAUUUCUGUUUAGCAAAAUAUGUACCAAGUUAAUCCAGAAGCCUCAAACCAGUGUUGCAUGGUUAACGCAGUUAACGGGGCGGCAGGGUAGCCUAGUGGUUAGAGCGUUGGACUAGUAACCGAAAGGUUGCAAGUUCGAAUCCCCAAGCUGACAAGGUACAAAUCUGUCGUUCUGCCCCUGAACAGGCAGUUAACCCUAGGC